CUCCAACUCUGGUGCCGAGGGCAAACAUGCAUGGGAUAUAUAAACACUCGGCAAAGAGCCACCGGUUGAAGAUUCCCCACAGCCUCACCUCAUCUCAUCUCAUAUUACCUUGCUUAGCUCGAGCUCAAGCUCGCCAUGCCUUUUGAACCGAUUCGUCCAAAGGACGACCCCCGUGUAACUCAUGAGUUUGCUGUCCUGAAUGGAAGGAAGUACCAUUACGUCCAUGGGCUUCCCCAGCAACAGCCACCAAGGGCAACAAUUCUAUGCAUACAUGGAUUCCCAGACCUCUGGUACUCAUGGCGUCACGUCAUACCCGGCCUGCUGGCAAUGGGCCUCCGAGUUAUCGUGCCAGACAUGAUCGGCUACGGGCAGACGGACAUGCCAAUCGUGACCUCCCCCGAAUCCUACGCGGCAUACAGCUGGAAGUCGUCCAGCGACGACAUGGCGGCUUUGCUCGCCCACCUGUCCAUCCCGCGCGUGAUCCUUCUCGGCCACGACUGGGGCGGUGCGAUCGUCUCGCGCAUCUACCUACACCACCCCGACGUCGUCUCCUCGAUCAUUUCAGUGUGCACGGCGUACUACCCGCCCAUGCGCGAGUACAUGCCCAUCGCCGCGGUCGCGCGGCACAUUCCCAGCUUCACGUACCAGGUCGCCUUCUGCGAUCCGCAGACCGAGCGGGACGUCAAGACUCCCGAGGAUAUCGGCCGGUUCCUUCGCGGGAUCCACCGCGGCCUCGGAGAUGGCUUCGACGGGAAGAUCCAGGUCACCGCCGAUUUCAUGAAGGAGCUGGGAGAUCAGCCGCGCGGGAAACUCAUGACUGAGGAAGAUUUGGCGUAUUAUGUCGAGCAGUACUCGAGGAAUGGCAUGCAUGGACCGCUCAAUUGGUAUAAAUGCCGCUACGAAAACUACCUGGAUGAGAAGGAUCUCGAGACGGCGACCAUCGACGUUCCGUACCUCUACGUAGCGGCCACGCAUGACAUCGCCACGCCGCCGUCCAUGGCUGCCCUGCAGAGCAAGUUCAUACCGAACCUUACCGAGCGCUCGCUGAAGGCUAGCCAUUGGAUUCCCGAGGAGGCGCCGGAACAGCUGCUGGAGAUACUGCAGGAGUGGUUGGGCCGCACGGGUUUUGGGUCCCAUGCGGCUGUCGAUGAGCCGAAGCUUUAAAAGAGUGGUAGUGGUAGUGGUGGCGUAUGGAGAGGGAAAAGUAGUAUUUGCACUUGUGGUGACAGUGGUAGUGGAUGACUUGGCUGUUGUUUUGGAGCUUCCCACAUUAUGGAAGAGUCCAAAAGGAUACUUGUCACUGGUUUCGUA